AUGGCAGCUCACGAAAACAUAUUAGAUUUGGACACCGAAACUAAAAUUCUAGGUAUGCGUUGGAAUUCGAAGUCGGACAUCCUUACAUUUGCUCAACAGAAGAACAAUCAGAUUGACAAUUCAAAAAUAACAAAGCGAGAAAUAUUACGACAAUCUUCGUCAAUUUAUGACCCUCUCGGAAUUCUCGGACCAGUUACUGUGAGGGCAAAGCUUUUGAUACAAAAUCUAUGGAAAGAUAAUUAUGACUGGGACGAAGUGUUGCCUAGCAACUUAAUUAAAACAUGGAUUGAAAUCAGAGAUGACAUUCGGGAUGCUACUUCAAACACACAGAUUUCACGUCAUUAUUUCACAGGAAAAGACAACGGAGAAGUGAUAUUACAUAUUUUUGUAGAUGCUAGUCAGAGAGCGUAUGGAGCUACCGCAUAUUUAUGUAACGGAAACUUGUCUUCUUUAGUCAUUGCUAAAAACUGUAUUGCGCCACUUAAAGGAAUUACGUUACCAAAAUUAGAGUUAAUGGCCGCCGUCAUUGGAGUCCGUAUAGCAAGGCAGUUAACAGAUAACUUAGAAAUAGAGCGCACCGUGUUAUGGAGUGAUAGUCAAAUCGUUCUUCAUUGGAUAGCUUCUUCAAAAUCAUUCGGCAAAUUCGUAAAUAAUCGUACUAAGGAGAUUAAAGAAUCAACACGUAACAGCGAAUGGAAAUACGUGCCAACUGAAUCGAACCCAGCCGAUCUGCAGACUCGUGGUAUAUCAGCGACACAGUUCAAAGAAUCAAAAUUAUGGAUGCAUGGUCCAUCUUGGAUCUCAGAUGGUAAUCGUUGGCCUACAUGGACACAACAGCCGAAACAGGAGACCACCCUUUUGACGACAGCAUGUGACAUCGAUAACACAGAGACAUUAGGUUCUACAUCAAUGUCAGGAAUUUCAGAAAUUAUCAAAUUAUCUAGGUUUUCUUCAUUGAAGAAAUUAUUGCGAGUUACAAGUUAUGUUUUAAAAUUUGUGAGAAAUUGCAGAGACAGCAAACCAUACCAGCUUAGAAGAAAACAUAUACACACACAAGAAAACAUUACAAACGAAGAAAUUCAAUAUGCAGUACACCUAUGGAUUAAGGACGUACAAAACGAACGAUUUAUGGACGAAAAGGAGAAAAUUUCGAAUAAUUUAGGAAGCAAGGAAUUGCCUUUAUUGAAACAACUACGCCUAUUUAUUGACGAUGAAAGUAUCAUAAGAUGCGGUGGGCGCAUACACAAUUCCUCAUUGGAUAGCUGUACAAAGUUUCCAAUACUUUUGCCAAAGAAACAUAAGUUUACUGAUCUUAUUAUACUGGAUGCACACUUGAAAAUGUUACAUUCAGGAUCUGGACAAACAGUUACUCAAAUCCGACAGUCGUAUUGGAUACCGUCUAUUCGUCAGUGCGUGAACAAUAUAAUACAGAAAUGCAUACAAUGUCGUAAAGUCAUGGGAAAAUCGUUUAUGCAGCAAGAUUCACCCCCACUUCCUAAAGAUAGAGUGACGGAUACGAUUCCGUUUACAACAACAGGUGUGGAUUUUGCCGGACCGCUUUAUGUUAAGGAAACCGGAAUUUUGAAAAAGAUGUACAUUUGUUUAUUUACGUGUGCAUGUGUUCGAGCUGUACAUUUAGAACUCGUUCCAGAUAUGACACUUAACGCUUUCAUGUUAGCAUUUAGACGCUUCGUCAGUAGGAAAGGACACCCUAGUACAGUGUAUUCAGAUAACGCCCCAACCUUUGUUUCAGCGGCAAGCCAAAUUCCUCGAGAGCUAAACAUACAAAUCAACUGGAAGUUCAUCCCAAGAGCAGCACCGUGGUAUGGUGGAUGGUGGGAGAGACUGGUCGGAAUAACCAAGACAACGCUGAAAAAAGUUCUGGGAAGAUCCCAAGUUAAUGCGGAUACGUUACGAACAGUUAUUACGGAGAUUGAAAGUGUUAUGAAUGAUCGCCCGAUAACGUACAUUUCACAGGAUAUCCGAGAUCCACAGCCGUUGACGCCGUCACACUUAUUGCACGGGAGAAGACUAUCUACAGACAACUAUAUACAUACAGAGGACAAUAAGAAGACACACGAAGAAGCUAAUAAACUAGUACAACGCAAUAUAACUUUAAUAGAACAUUUCACUAAUCGAUGGAGAUCCGAAUAUCUCACCGGACUAAGAGAGUUUCACCAUGUGACAGGAAAAAUUCAUACACAUGUGAAAAUUGGUUCUGUUGUAUUGAUUAUGGACAAUUCACCAAGAACAAUGUGGAAAUUAGGUGUAAUAGAAGAUGUUAUUACAGGACUGGAUGGACUUGUUCGUGCUGCAAAGAUUCGUACAUCAAGUGGACUGAUUACUACACGGCCAAUAGUUAAACUAGUCCCUCUUGAAAUAUGA